UCUUCUUCCUCUCUUUUCAUUUCACGUUGAUUGUGGUCUCUCAUUUUUCAUUCUUCCUUCUCUUUUCCCUUCUCUCUCUUCUUUCUCUCUCUUCAUUUUUCUCGCUGACAUGUCUUCCGCCGGCGGCAACCACAACCUUCACCCCGGCGGAAACUCCGACGAACUUCGUCAAUACUUUUGCCACCAGUGCCAACGCACAGCCUUCAUUUCAACCUCCACCGCCGAUCUAAUCUGUCCCAAUUGCAACAGUACCUUCCUGGAGGAACUCGAAGCUCCAAUCCCGAACCCUAACCCUAAUCCCAACCCUAUCCCUCCGUUCUUCUCCCACACCACCGACUUUCCCGCCGCAGGCUUCUCCUUUCCCCUCGUUUUCUCUGGUGGUGCCGCUCCUCAGCCAUUCAAUGAUCUCUCCGCCUUGUUGUCGUCGUCCCCGUCUCAGCCUGCGCCUUUCGGCGAACCGUUUAACCCUGUCGCCUUCAUCCAGAAUUACCUUCAGAACAUGAGGGCGGGAGGAGGCAAUGUUCAGUUCUUCAUCAACGACGGCGAUGAUGCGGCUCGUCAGUUUCGGUUUCCCGGCAACGCGAAUCCGGGGGAUUAUUUCUUUGGACCGGGGCUUGAGGAUCUGAUCCAGCAAUUGGCUGAGAACGAUCCGAGUCGGCGUGGGACUCCUCCUGCGGCAAAAUCUGCUGUGGAAAAACUCCCUGUUAUCGAAGUUACCGGGGAGUUGCUGGAGUCCGAUUCGUCUCAGUGUGCUGUGUGCAAAGACACAUUUGUCCUUGGUGAAAAGGCCAAGCAGAUGCCGUGUAAGCAUAUUUAUCAUGCUGAUUGUAUCUUGCCGUGGCUGGAAAUGCAUAAUUCUUGCCCUGUUUGUCGUCAUGAGUUGCCCACCGAUGAUCCUGAUUAUGAGCAGAGGGCUCAGAGCGGUGGAGGUGAUUCUGGUGCUGCUGGUGGAGAUGAUUCUGUGAGGAGGUUUAGGGUGUCUUUGCCGUUAAUGCCAUUUAGGGUACCUUCUUCUGCUGCGGGGACAAGUAAUGCUGGGAAUGUUGACAACGACAAUAACAGCAAUAGCAAUAGUGAGCAGUCCAAUACUGAGAAUAGGAGCAAUCAGAAUUUUGGGUCAGAGACCAGACAAGAAGAUCUCGACUGAGAAUCAGUCCUCUUUCAUAUGUAUCAGGUAUCAGGGGUGUCAAGUCUGCAGCAUUCUGUGAGUAGAAGGUGAUGUCAAAUACCAAGCACUGGUUUGACAGUUAAAAAUUUUAUAUUUUACUAUAAUGAACUCAUGUGAUUGUACAUCACCGUUUUGAUACUUAGAGUUCUUUGUAGAUUAAUGGUUUUUAUGUACAUUAUCUGUUCUAUAUUUUGUGAACUAUGCUGUCUGUGACAUUGUUUUCAUUGUUCACCUCUUCCUGGGUUUGGUUUCAAAAGGAAGAAAAGGUUAUAGCCGUUUCACCUAGAAAAUGAAUAGUUGAAAUAAAUUGUUUUUUUU